UUCCCCAACGGAACUGUUUAAUCGGAGAACGCAGUUAUGUUGCUAUGAUGCCAGUUGCUUUUCAGAUGGUUGACAUUGUGUGGUUUUUAUUAGCUUUAGGAUUUCUGGCAGCUUUUUUCUUUCAUAAAUCGCCACGGAAAUUGCCAGCUGAUUUCGAGCACGUUUUCCAGGACCUUAUUCGCUAUGGCAAAACUAAGGAAGUGCUCGACCGUCCGGGCUUUCUAUGCCUUUUUGAUAUUCCGAAAAGGUGGUUUUGGCAUUUCUAUGCAGUAUCUGUCUUCUGGAGUGGACUUCUGCUCAUCUUCUCACUGCGUGCUGUGAUACUGGGCGACGUGCUCCCUGAAUUCUUGACUGACACACUUGAAGUUUUGAGUGGACGACCAAAGUCUUCCUGGAAUGAAAUUCCGCUGACCAUCCUGGUGUUGCAGAUGCUUCUGUGGGUUCAUUGCCUGAAGAGGUUGCUUGAGUGCCUGUUCGUGAGCGUUUUCUCUGACGGGUCUAUCCAUGUUGUUCAGUAUGCAUUUGGCCUCGGUUACUACAUCUUACUGGGGCUGACUGUCCUAUGUGUGGAUGUCCCGCCACCUGUAGAGGCUGCAGGUCUGGUCCUCUCUCAGCUCAGGUGGCACCAUGCAGGUGGGGUACUGCUGUUCCUCUGGGCCUCUGUGCUGCAGUACCGCUCGCUUGCUCUGCUGGCUGGCCUGCGGACCAGUGGCUCGGGUAGAGUGGAGACUCUAGCCUAUAGAGUUCCACAUGGGGGUUGGUUUGAGCUAGUGUCCUGUCCUCACUACCUGGCUGAACUUCUGAUCUACAUUGCCUUGGGUAUGUGCUGUGGCCUCUGCUCUCUCACAUGGUGGCUGGUGGUUCUCUGUGUUCUCUGUAAUCAGGCUCUAGCUGCCCAGCUCUGCCACGAGUACUAUAAAAGCACAUUUAAAGCAUAUCCCCACCAGCGCAAAGCCUUUAUCCCUUUUCUACUGUGAAUAAAUAUGCAAAAUAAUAAAUACUGUUUGUGUCAUCCAGGA